CCUCCAAGAACCCUUUACUGCUUCAAUAUCUAAACUCAGCGUCGGUCAAGAUUUGCCGCCAAAUUACGGCGAUUGGCUUCCCAAACCUGAUCUCGAUAAUCGCAGAAGAGCCGGAAUUCUUCUACAUCCGACCUCGUUUCGGGGACCGUACGGCAUCGGCGAUCUCGGCCAAGAGGCUUUUCAUUUCAUUGAUUGGCUCCAUCAAUCUGGUUGCUCCCUUUGGCAGGUGCUACCACUUGUGCCUCCUGGCAGAAAGGCUAACGAAGAAGGUUCCCCUUACUCCGGCCAGGAUGCAAAUUGUGGAAACACCUUGCUUAUCUCACUGGAGGAUCUUGUUAAGGAUGGAUUAUUGGAAAAGCAUGAGCUUCCAGAACCCAUUCAUGCUGAGCGGGUGAAUUUUUCACUUGUUGCUGACCUUAAGGAUCCCUUGAUAACUAAAGCUGCAGAGAGGCUGAUUUCAAGUGAAGGGGAACUCAAAACACAGCUUGAGAGUUUUCGCAGGGACCCUAACAUAUCAAGCUGGCUUGAAGAUGCAGCUUAUUUUGCUGCUAUUGAUGAUAGUUUAAAUACAAUCAGCUGGUACAAUUGGCCUGAACCACUAAGAAACCGCCAUCUUGCAGCUCUAGAAGAGAUUUAUCAAGAAAAAAGACACUUCAUAAAUGUGUUUAUUGCUCAACAGUUCUUGUUCCAAAGGCAAUGGCAGAAAGUUCGUAACUAUGCAGAGAGUAGGGGAAUUAGGAUAAUGGGAGACAUGCCCAUAUAUGUUGGUUAUCAUAGUGCAGAUGUUUGGGCAAAUAAGAACCAGUUUAUACUGAACAGGAAAGGUUUUCCUCUUUUAGUUAGUGGAGUUCCACCCGAUGCAUUCAGUGAAACUGGUCAGCUGUGGGGCAGUCCUUUGUAUGAUUGGAAUGCCAUGGAGAAAGAAGGAUACUCGUGGUGGAUACGCCGCAUACGCCGUGCACAGAAUUUAUAUGAUGAAUUUAGGAUCGAUCACUUUAGAGGACUUGCUGGAUUUUGGGCUGUUCCCUCUGAAGCAAAGGUAGCUAUGGUUGGAAAGUGGAAGGUAGGACCUGGGAUAUCCUUCUUUGAUGCCAUUUUCAGAGCAGUUGGAAGAAUUAAUAUUACAGCAGAAGACUUGGGAGUUAUCACAGAGGAUGUAGUUCAGCUAAGAAAAUCCAUUGGAGCACCUGGAAUGGCAGUCCUCCAGUUUGGGUUUGGAAGUGAUGCUGCCAACCCACAUUUGCCUCAUAAUCAUGAGUGCAAUCAAGUUGUAUAUACAGGGACUCACGAUAAUGACACAAUCCAAGGUUGGUGGGAAGCUUUGAAGCAAGGAGAAAAAUCAAAUGUGAUAAAUUAUCUCUCACUAAGUGAGCCAGAUGACAUUUCUUGGGCACUAAUCAAGACAGCACUGGCUUCUGUUGCUCAAACAACAAUAAUACCUAUGCAAGAUGUUCUUGGACUGGGGAGUUCUGCCAGGAUGAACAUUCCUGCCACUCAGUUUGGAAACUGGGGUUGGAGGAUUGAAAGUUCUGUGAGCUUUGAUAGCUUGGAGAGAGAAGCAUCUAGACUUAAGGAGAUGCUUUCAAUGUACGGCCGAUGUUGAAUGUUGAAUCCUUUUCUGAUAGUAAAGUAGAAGAGUUUGCUUGGACACUGCAGCAUAGCGGUUGAGAAGUGGAAAAUGCUAAACCCUUGAUGUUUGUUCCCAAGUUGACAAGUACGGAUGUGUUAAUCAAUGCAAGCCAAGUUCCUGAUCAAGAAAUUUGAGAAUGUUGGAUGCUUCUAUCAAAAUUUGUAAUGUGAUCUAGCAAGUUCUGGGUCCUUGGCUGUAUGUUUUGGUUUGGUGAUCUGAUGCCAUACCUUGAAACGUUUUGGGAAACACAAAGCAGCAGCUACGGCAUAUCCACAAAUGUCUGAUGUCAUGAUGGUGUGGGGCAAUUUUCUCAAAUUAUUGUAUGUUUUUAUUUUUUAUUUUUUUAAAUGACAAAGCCAAGCUCUUGCUCUUGCAUUGUUUUGUGAAAUAAACCAUGUUCAUAAAAAAUAAUAAAAAAUGACAUUUAUUAUCAA